UUGUGUAGACAUUAUUGAUGUAUAACUUGUGUUAUGUCUUAAAAAAGUACUUCCUUUUCCUCUUCAGUUUUUGUGGACAUCAAUACAACUCCACUCUUGAAGUGAUUUGAACACACACACAGACACACAAAAUGGUCAAAGGUGUCGGUAUGUCCCGCGAUCUGCAAUGGGUAUUGACCCGCAACUGGUCAUCAUCGUUGAUCAAAGUACGCGGCAUUGAUCGCCACUUUAGCCGAUCGCGAUUCAAUCCGAAAGGUCUAUACGUACCGCGAUUUGAAGGCCAAUACCAGCAAAAAGCGUUGACCGUUGAACCGAAUUCAUCGGGAAAAGGUGUUACCUUGCAGUACAAGAAACGCCGUCAUCAGCAAAAACCUGGCCAAAGUGUGGCCAAAAUUGUCCUCAAUAAGGACGCCCGUCGGACAUUGAACAACAUUAAGAAGUUUUGUAACAAAAACUUAUACCGAACUGACCUGAAGAAUGUCUGUCUUCGCAGAGCCAGUGCUAUACUGAGGAGUCAGAAGCCGAAGCCGACAAAGAAGAGUCGUCGGGCGGCGCCUCCGAAGAAAACUGAGACAUAGAGAGAGAGAUCCGUUUUCAGGCGUUUAACUGUUGAUUACAUUUUUUUUGUUUGGAAAAUAAAAUGAUUUGUAAUUAAAUCCGAUAUUUAAUAAAUAAAAAAAUCAUUUUUUUGUG